AUGACUUUCACAAACACACCGGUGACAAGACUGAUGGUGCUGGGCCUCGUGUCGGCUUCGAUUGGGGCGAGCUUGCUCGACAUGAAGCACUAUGCGUACAUCCUCAUCAACCCACACAUAGUGCAAUACGGACAGUUUUGGAGACUUUUUACGUACCAGCUGUGCUACACCAACUCGGCCGAGGUGCUGUUUGCGGCCAUGUCGCUUUAUAACCUACGGACCGUCGAGCGCAUGUGGGGAUCGAGAAAGUACGCUUCGUUCCUUGUCAUGACGUUCCUCAUUACAUCGAUUAUCCCCCCGGCCUUCAUGGGGGUGCUGCGGCCGCUGGCGCCGGGCCUGUUCAACUACGUGCCCGGGGGGUUGACGCCGGUCCUCUUUGCGGUGCUGGCGCAGUUUCACGCCAUGGUGCCGCACAUGUACAAGUACCGGAUCGCGACGUCGGACGCGCCGCCGACGAGCGAGCCCUUUUCGGGGCUGACACUGUCGGAUAAGUCGUACCAGUACGUGCUGGCGCUGCACCUGGCUCUGCUGCAGUGGCCUGGGUCGGUGGUGGGCGCGGCGGCGGGCUGGGUGGUGGGCCAGGCGUGGCGCGGCGGGCUGCUGCCGGCGGGACUGGUGACGUGGCGGCUGCCCGGGUGGAUGGUCGGCGUCAAGACGCAGCGCAGCGGCGCCGAGUUUGAGCAGCUCCGGCGGCGGCUGGAGGGGGAGAAUGCGGCGGCAGGCGCGUCGACGGGUGUGGAUGCUGGUGGUGGUGAGCGGCAGCAGGAUGUGGAUAGACGGCGGACGAUGGGACAGCAAAUAGUUGACCAGUUCCGGGAGGCAUUGUAA